AUGUUUGACCAAAGACUCGGGUCAGGCUGUGGCCGUCAAGCUGCCCUGUCACAUGCAGGACACCAGGAGAUUGCCCUGCUUCAGGAGCUGAUGGAAGAGAGGAUGGACCAGCAAAACAUCGUCAGGUUCAUUGAGGUGUUUGACACCAGGUUGGGGGGAGCCAUGGUGUUUGAACUGUUGGACAUGAGUUUGGUGGGACUCGUGAAUAAAUAUAAUCCUCUGCCUCUGCCGGACAUCUUCACCAUUGUGCAACAGGUGGCCACAGCGUUGGGCGUGCUCAGAGAGCGCUCCUUGGUUCACUGUGACUUGAAGAUGGACAAUGUGAUGGUGGUGAACCAUAGUGAGAGGCCUCUGCACGUCAAACUUAUCGACUUUGGUUUGACCAUGCCAACAAGUGAGACUUACAAAUUGUUGACGGUCCACCACGCGAUGUACAGGCCGCCAGAAGUCAUUUUAGACUCUGGUUGGAAUGAAGGCCUGGACGUGUGGUGUCUGGGAGUCAUGAUGUCUCAAAUGUGGCUUUGGUUUCAUUUGUUCCCUAAUGUGGAGUAUGAGGUGCUGAGAGUGAUGCACAAACUCCUUGGCCCUCCUCCUGACCUCAUCCUCAGUAAAGGGAGUAAUACCAUGAAGUUUUACCGUCCAGGUCCCAUUGGAUGGGAUUUAAGGGCUCGAGAGGACAUUAAGGAUUGUGUGAAGGCUAAAAGAGAGGAAAAUUAUUCAGAAUCUUUUGCUUCCCUCAGAGAGCUUGCCAUGGAUGCUGUGCAGGAGGAUAAGGUGAACACAGAACCAGCCUUAGACCUCCUCGAAAAGCUGUUGGACAUGGACAUGAACAAUAGGAUUACUCCCAAACAAAUCCUGCAACACCGAGCAAUCUGUUUUGAAAAAAGGGAGGCUUUGGAUAACAGUCCAAAUUCAGAUCACAGCGAGGAAGAGGAUGAGCACAAGCCUUUGACUUGUUUGGAGAUAAAUGACAUUCUUCCUGAAGAAUACGUUGUCACAACUAUGUUGGCCCUUGGAAAGUUCGGCCAGUUUGUCAAAUGUAAAAACAUCGAUAAGUUUGUGACAAUCAAGGUUCCACACUCCAACAACCGGACUCAGCGCGAGGUCAGGCUGCUCCAGAAGAUCUUAGACGCUGGGAUGGAUCAUAGAAACAUCGUCAAAUUCAUAGACUCGAUCCAAACCAGUCAUGGAACGAUGCUGGUGAUGGAAAGUUUUGAUGUGAAUUUAUCAGCCUACUUGGACAUGUACCACGCUCUUCCACUGGGCCACAUCCAAACCAUUGUGAAGCAGAUGGCCACUGCGUUACAAGCCCUGGAGUGCAAGAGUUUAAUCCACACUGGGGUCAUACCAGAAAACAUCUUCAUCUGCAGUCUGACCGCACAAUCUCCCAGAAUCAAACUGGCUGAUUUUGGUUCUGUGAUUCGGAAAAAGAAGGCCAAGGCAGGCAUGAGGGUGCAGCAGCUCGCUACAAGCCCUGGAGUGCAAGAGUUUAAUCCACACUGGGGUCAUACCAGAAAACAUCUUCAUCUGCAGUCUGACCGCACAAUCUCCCAGAAUCAAACUGGCUGA